UCCAAGUCCUCCUAAGGCUUUCCUUGGGUGGACGUGGGAUUCCUUCAACUUUUUCACAGUUUCAAUGACGAUCACCGAUAUUUUAGAAGCCUUUGAUAAUGGAUAUUUAGAAAUUAACAUCCGUCCGGGGAAUGACGGUCACCCUUAUGCUUCGAUCUGUCGGCGCCAUCAUCUUCGGCAUGCUCGAAGAUCGAUAUGGACAGAAGUGACCGAUGAUAAUCAACUUAUUUCUUUUAUUAUCGUGGAGCUGUGCUCUGCCUUCUGUAAUACCCUUCCCCAGGUUUUGGGUGUGUGGUCUUUAUACGGAAUUGCUAUGGGAGAUGGGCACUCCAUAAUCGAGCGACAAUUGUGGAGAGACUGA